UCGCCUGCCAGGUCCCAGGUAAGGACCGAGAGAGGACGGGAGAACGAGCGCGCGCGCGCCGCACCGGCGACAAGUUGUGAACCAGUGGAUUACCGACCAAGUGUGCGUGUGCGACAGUGUGCGUGGGUGUGAGUGUGCGCGAGGAGAAAGUGCCGAGACAAAUAUUUGGGAUACGCUCCGAAUAUACCCGACCGCGGGCCCUGUGUGCACCCCGAUGUGAGUGUGAUUCAGUGUGUUGUUGGUGUUCAGUGAUUGUGAAUGGGUGUGAAGUGACAAGUGCACAACCUGCCGAAUCGCGCGACCGCCGCCCGAUUCGCCAUCAUCAUCGCUGGGAUAUUCGCAACGCUCGGAUUGGCCACACUCUAAGGAUACCUUCCCCGCGCCUCCAGCAGGCCCACGCGUCCUGCAACCAUGCGCGAGCGCGCCCCUCGCCGACGGGCGCCCUGGAGCUGAGCCCGUGUGUGUGUGAGAGAGGGGGAGGGAGAAAGGAGUGAGUGCGAGUGUGUUGCGCGCGCGUGGAGGGAGCGGUGCAGUGCAGUGAGUGAUAUGCCAUUAUGAAGGCCCUGCCAUGAAGACGAGCAAGAGGAACAAAAAAAUGGAAUCCAAGAUGGCGGCGCUGCUGGCGCUGCUGGUCGUCGCGGUGCUCUCAGCAGGCGCCGCAGCGGCCGCAGGGGAGGGUAGCACGCCCGUGCUGCAGGCCGCAGCCCACCCCGACGAGGACCACGGGCUGCCCGACGACGCUUGGCAGGUGGGGACCCGCGUCGCGGAUGUCGGGGCAGCACCGCCCCAGCUCCGGACCAGCGUCCCCGCGACCCCCGCAGCCGCCAGCAGGUCUGCCUCCGGUGACGCCACCAUGGACGACGAACUGAGGCACCACCUGAGGACGCGCUCCAUCAGCACCACGGGGCCGGCCCCCCUCGAGGACGAGCCCAACGACAACCUGCUCAACGACGCCCCCGCGCCGCCGCCUUCCUCCGUACCGGCGGUGCAGCGGGACGCCGUCGACGUGACGGCGGCCCGUGGCGCCUACUACGACAUCCAGCCCACGAGGACGGCGGCGACGGUCGACGUGCAGCCGUCGGGGGAAGCAGAGCGGGCCUCGCGGGGGCCGGGCAGGGCACGGUCCCUCCCGGUGGAAGCGGUGGCGAGGCCCGCCGACAACACGACGACCUCUAGCGAGGCCCCCGUCGGCACCAACGCCAGUUCCAACGCCAGCGCCGACGCGUCGCACCAGGCCCGGGACACGGCCGGCAACGGCAGCAACACGGACCGCGUGCGCGACAUCAUCACCGGCAUCGUCAAGCUGCUCAACGGGAACGUGAACGUGGCCACGCCACCCGCGUCGGCGUCCUCGGCCAAGGGUGGCAUGAUCCCGGGGCCCGGCAGGCCCAUCCGGCCCAUGCCCAUGGGGACCAGGAUCAACAACCGCGGCCCGCCCAGGAUCACGGACCUGCCGCCCAUGCCGCCGGACUUCGAGAAGGCGCCCAAGCCCCCGCUGCCGCCCCUGCCGGCCGUGGUGCCGCUGCCGCCGCCCCUGCCGGCCCAGCAGCCCUUCACGCCGCCGCCCACGUUCCCGAUCGGGCAGAGCACGCGCAUCCCGCCGCCCUACCCCUUCGACAUCCCCGACCCGGUCACCUCCGCCGUGCCGCCCCCGUCGGCGCAGCCCCCGCCCUCCUCGGCCGCCCCCGCGCCGUCACCUCCCGGGCCGCAGGUGCAGGAGACGCCCGACGAGGGGCCGCUGCCGCACAGCCCACCGGCGCCCAUCCCGAUUCCCAUCUCCUACCCGCACAAGCAGGUCACGGCGAGGCCAUCUCCGCCGCCGACCCCGACGUCGCCAGUGUCCGCUGCCACGGUAGAUGAAGAGGAGGAGGAGGAAGAAGACGUCCCGGAAGAGAAGCCUACCGCCAAGCCCCGGCCGAGCGCAAAGCCCUCGUCCAGGCCUCCGGCCCCCGCUUCCUCGCCGCCGCCCUCGCCGCCGCCGUCGCUCCCCUCGCCCACCAAGCCCCAGAGCACCAAGCCGACCCCUCCUACCAAGAAGGACCGGGAGAAGGAGAGGGAGAAGGACAAGCUGAAGGAGAAGGAGGUCUUCGCCACGCCCAGCGCCACCAUCCUGCACAUCUCCACGGCCUCGUCUACGCAGGUCAUGCUCCCUACGCCCUCGUCCGCGACGUCGACCCUCUCUGCAUCGCCGGCCUCCACGGCGGCGACGGCCAACUCCAGCAGCGUCCCGGCGGGCUCGGGCGCGGGCCCCUCCAGCAGCCCAGCGCCCACCAGCGCGCCCCCGCCGCGGCCGGGACCCCGACCGGCCGGCCCGGUGCUGGAGUCCUCCAUCCAGGAGGUGGCCGUCACGGCCGAGUCCGCCAAACCCACACAGGCCAUCCCGAUGACGCCCACCUCAUCCUCGUCGUCACCGAGCACUUCGUCAGCAUCCGCCACGUCGUCGACGUCAUCUUCUUCCACAGCAUCCUCUGCGACCUCCAGCACCAACUCGGGAGUGGUGUCGCCAGCCUCUAGGCCUCAGCCACCACCGCCUAAUACCGGCUUCGGGUACCGGCCCUACCGCCCGCGCCCCGGGCUGGUGCUGGACGACACCGAGUACAAGCCUGGCCGGCCCGCGCUCAUGACCUCCGCCGCGCACGGCGGCCACCUCACGCCGCACCUCGCGCCGCACAUCGUGCCCGCCCUGGGCCCCGGCGGCCAGCCGCACUACGGCGAGGUGUUCGACGUGACCGUCAGCGCCGUGCAGGGCCCCGGCGGCGGCGCCACCGGCCAGGCCAUCGUGUACCCGGUGGAGAUAGAGGGCGUGUCGGUGGGCGGCGCCGUGGCGGGCGAGGGCAACGGCCACGGCGACGUGGCCGUCAUCACGGCAGCCCAGGCCGGCCAGCACUUCGUGUCCAUCGACGGCAAGCGCACCUACAUCAACCUGUUCAACACGGAGCAGGCCGGCGGCCAGAUGGGCGGCGCGGGCAGCGUGGGCGUGGCGCCGGCGCCGGUACAGCCGCCGCCGCACCGCACCGGGUUCCCCGGCCCGGUCGCAGCUGGCUCCGUGUCCGCGCUGCCUUCCCGGCCGACGCACGCCGCCCCCGGUGUUGGGGUGGGUGCGCCCGGCCCAGUCCCGCCCCCAGGAGUCCCGGGGGCGGCCCCCGGCGCGCCUGCACCCUCCCCGCCGAGGCGCCCGUACAAGCGGCCCAACCACCCGCCCGUCCGCAUCGACACCUGCAUCGUGGGCGACGACUCGACGUGCGACGCGGCGCAGAACGAGAUGUGCCGCACCGAGGUGGGCGUGUCCGCGUGCCACUGCCGGCCCGGGUACAGCCGCCGCAAGCACCGCGAGCCCUGCAGACGCAUCGUGUCCCUGCUCAUGUCGCUGAGGGUGGACCGCAUGUAUGAACGCCGCCUCGACUGGACCGACAAGUUCCAGGACCCCCAGUCCGACGAGUACCAGCAGCUGGAGUACGAGGCCGUGAUGGCGAUUGACUCCGCCAUGUCCAUGACGCCGUUCUCCGACGAGUUCAUGGGGGCCCGCAUCAACCGCAUCUUCCUGGCGCCUAGUCUGGCCGAGGACCUGGCCGGCGACGUGCUGGUGCCCGGGGGGCUGCCCGACGCCAAGCACGCCAACGCCUCGGUGCAGGCCGUGUUCGUCAACGCGACGCUGCAGCUGGAGGAGGCGGCCGCGGCCACGCGCCCCAACACGCUGGCGCAGGACGUGCAGCGCCACAUCCUGGGGGUGCUGCACCGCCGCCACAACAACGUGGGCUCGAGCGCGCUGUGGGUCGCCUCCCCGGCGGGCGCCGUGGCGCCGCUCCGCGACGUGGACGAGUGCGCCGAGCCCGAGCUCAACGACUGCCACGCCCAGGCGCACUGCAGCAACGUGUUCGGCUCGUUCCGCUGCUCCUGCAACGAGGGCCUGCGCGACCCUUGGGCGGGCAACCCUCAGCGCAGCGGGCGGCAGUGCGAGGCGUGUCCGGCCGAGUACUGCAACCACCGAGGGGAGUGCCGCUUCGACGGCACCAACCAAGUCUGCCACUGCACGGGUAACUUCUACGGUACGCAGUGCGAGGUCGACGGCGAGGUGCUGGGCGUCGCCGUUGGCGCGUCGGUGGCCGCGGUCGUCAUCAUCGUCCUGACGCUGGUGUGCCUCUGCAUGUGGAGCCGGCGCUGGAGCCGCGAGCAGAAGUCGGCCUCCGGCCUCGGCUACGGCUCACCCGUCUUCGGCUACAUGGGCGGGGGCGGGGGCGCGGUCAAGACGCCCGCCAUGGGCGCGCCGCCCUACCAGGUCACCCUGGAGGAGCGGCUCCGCUGGGCGCAGAUCGCCGACGCCAUGGCGCAGGUGCAGUCGUCCAACCACUACGCGACCUUGCUGCCCCGUGUACAAGUACCCUCGGCCAAGCAGACAGAGACGCUGACCUUGCCCUUCCUCUGCCAGCAGCCCGAGCCGGUGGGUACGUGCGGGGGCGGCGCGACGCGACCCUCGUCCGCGCUGUUCGGCUACCCGUCGCUGACCAGCAUGGGCCACGGCACGCUGCCCAUGGCGGCCAUGACGGCCAUCCCACCGCCCGUGCCGCUGCCGCGACUCUCCCUGCAGGGCCAGGGCACCAUGGGCACGCUCAGCGCCUACGGCACGGUGCAGCACCAGCACGGCGGCCAGCACGGAGGCCAGCACGGCCACCCGCACGCCAACGCGCCCUCCCUGGCCGCCUACAGCACGCUCGCGCACACGCUCAAGAGCCAGCGGGAGCGGGAGCGCGCCCGGGAGCGUGCCCGCGAGCGGGAGCCCGCCACCAGCAGCAGUGAGGAGGAGGACAGGACCGACCUGCUCGGCAGGAACUUCCAAGUGCCAAGGCCCAAGAGCAGAAGUAGUCUAGCGAAUCAGAGUGGAAUAUAUUAUGAUGUGGAUUAUGAGACACAGGGAGAUGUAUAUGGAACAAAACCAAGCUGUAUUCCGAUGAGCACAUAUAGUAGUCGACAGAACUUCCAUCGGUAAAGUCUAGCAAGAUUACAUGCUUGGAGAUAUGUUCCACCACGGUACAAAACUGCUGAGUGAGCACUUCGUGAUAAAUUGGUGAUAUUUAAUGUGCAAGUGAUUCAGAUCAGAUUACUUUGUUCUCAACAUUCAAAACUCUUUUGUGUUUAAAUAGUGAAUUUGACUGUAAAUGCAAUCCAAAAAAAACAAAAACAUUUUUUAUCUAUCUUAUACUGUUAAAAAGAUUGUGGACUAUUACAAAGUAAAUUUACUCGUUUUGUAUAAGACUCUUUAAAUUUUAAGUAGAAAAGAGUAAAUGCACAUGUCAAUGAAUAAUUGGACAUUAAGUUUACAACUUUUUUGCCAUAUCAAGACUUUUGUAAAUGGAUUUUUAACUUUUGUAAAUUGUUUAUAUAUGAAUUGAAGGCUGUAUAGUAUAUUGAUUCAACCACCUUGGGCACAUGGCAGCAUUGAGGAAUGCCUCUUCCAAUCGUUAUUGUACUGAUCUUUCAUCUGCUCUAAGCACUGUUCUUAGAAUAGUGUUAUAGUCAUUUACAAAACAGAGUUGUUAGGCUUGCUUAAGUGCAGAUUUAAAUGUCAAUUAUUACACACACUAUUCUAAUUGAUGUUUAUGAGAGGAAGGGAUGUAUUUGAAGAGCUUCAGCUGGAAAUUUCAUUUUUGACUAAGGAUUUCCGCUGCUUAAAUUUUCCUAUACAAAUAAUGAGAUGUUACAACUUCAAUUUGUGGAUCAGGAUGUCUCUCAUCGAUGGCUCACUUAGGGGAGCUGUACUUUUCUUUAAGUAAAACUCUCCUGACUGUGUCAAAGAGUCAACCUUAGCUUUAACCUUUGUCAUACAUUUAGCAUUUCAAAUAGUAAAUAUUUUUCUUAAAUAAAAAUGUUAUUGUUGAAGUGAUCAGAAUGUGUAGUCAGCUUGCAAGCUACCAAUUGCUGUACAUUAAGGAACUGUUAUUGUUAAAAAUAUGAGUGUAGAUGUGUAAAGAAACAAAAUGUUGCUAUGUAUUAUAAAUAUGGACUAGAACUACUGAUAAAAUAUUACUGUUUAACAGCUGAAUCAAUAAUACACCAUCAUAUGUACAUAUUUUCUAGCUCACAGCACUAGCUUAGAUUUCUUGUUUUAUUGAGGAAAGCCAUUAACCACCUUUCCCUUUAGUCAGUCAGACAUGACAGUUCAUGCAAUAUUGUUUUAACACGUUCUGUCUGGUUAAUUUCUUAUCAUUUGCUCAAUUUUGGCAGAAGAGCGCCAUACCUGUGUGUGAAGUGUGAGUGUCUGCAUGAAUGUGUGACUGAAUGAAAGUAUGAAUGCAUGGAUGAAUGUGAAAUAUUUAAGUAACCAAAUGUGUGCCCACUCCGUGAUAAGAAGUUCCCAAACGAAACAGGAAAAUAAUUUAGUCAAAAGAUAAUAGAUAAACACAUUUAAACAACUCAAAGUACAGUAAUGAUUUUGUUUUCAUCCUAGCUGGGGGAUGAACAAUGGACAAUGAGUUGAGUAGCCCUCUCCCAAUAAUUAAAAUUAGGUUCACACUGGAAAGUAAAUCUUAAGGAUGAAGAAUACAUGUUACUCUGAUAACUUGUGUUACCCCUCUUGUAUGAUGUAUUUCUGAUGUAUCUCUCCCAGCACAAUUAGACUGCCAAUGAACCUAAUUGUAAAACUUAUCAUGAGUACUCACUGAAGAGAUGUUGGUUAUUUCUUUACCUUAUUCUUAUCAUUAUUUAUUUGUUGAAUGUACAUAAAAAUACAUUUUAAUUCCAUUUGCAUGAAA